GCACCGUUGGCAUCGGACGGCGAAAAGCCAAAUCACAAGCAGCCAGUUCCAGGCCCAGGAGUAUACGAGGUAAAGAUGGUAUCAGAUCGAGAGAAGCCAAGUCACAAGCAGCCAGCUCCAGGUGGAGGACUGUACGAGGUCCUCAAAGUGCCACAAGACUCGAGCGCGCGCCUCAUCGCCUCCAAUUACGAAAAUCAACUUGCCUUGGCUAGACAGGUCAAUGAGCUGACUUACGACGAGCCAACGCCCGAAGACCGACGCCGCAAAGACGCUGAGAUUCAAAAGCUCCAUGAUGCCGCUCGAGUCCUACUCCAUCCAUUUCGGCGCAGACAGUAUGACCUGCGCCUGCAGCACAGUGCGCGCAAAGAUAAGUCUCGCCACACUGCACCAAAAUGCGACACCUGGAUCGCUGCUCGUGAUGGUCGCGAUUGGCCAACGCCACCGAAUCACCGCGAGAGGAAUACAGGCCGUCGGGAAGCAUUCGAUGGCACGCGUUCAGACACUCACAGCACGAAGUCGCCAGGCGGUCGUGGUAGCCCAAGUUAUGAGCCGUACUCGCCUUAGGCAGCGCACUGCUCGGACAACCUACGGAUUGGAUUGGAAUUUCUGGCUUUGCAUCGAUGAGGUGGAGUCCUUGGUCGGUUCGACACCUGGCGAUAUCAUGGCGUUUCUUGUGUGUUUGCCAGCGGACAGUGGUUCCAGGAUCGAGUUGAGAUACCCGAUCGGAUCGUUAACGGCGCAUUGCAAGUUGUGCUAGACAUCGAGACGUAGUUUCUCGAGCAACACAGCAUGACCAUAUGGAACGGAGAACAAAUUUGGGAUGCCUCGUAAACCUGCUUCAAGCCCUGAAAGUCGCCAAACUCUGCAGGCGUGAACAUAGAGGUAAGGCGUGGUUGUCCAAAGAUACUUUUUGUAUGUACAGCGGAGGCCUCUAACCACAGAACUUCAUUAUGCGAUUGCUUUUGUUG